AUUUUCCGUGACGUGGACAACGCUUUUUGCUUAACGUUGUUCAACAGUUUUUCUUGCACUUUAUGAUCAGAUUGCACAAAAUGAAAAGGAACACUUUCUGCACCUUAAUUUUCGUGACCUUUUUCCCAGUUUCAUGGCCAGUCAGCUUCAAUAAUAGACGCGCGGAAGCGGACAACUUAUGAAAAUUAUGGCAACUUUGUUAGACAACCAUGGGCCAGCAAGACAAAGUGACCUCUCCACCUCCCCACGACCUUUUAUUUAGAUGACCUGGCGAACAUGGGGUUUCUUAAGCUCCUUUUUAAAAGACCGCCUUGGACAACAAUCCUGGUGGAUAUUUCAAUAGGCGGCCACGUAUUAUCAUGGCAGGCUACAAUGAGCAAACGCAUCCGGUGGAGAAGGGUUUCAAGGUGGAAGAAGUUAAUGUUGAUGAUAAUACACAGAAAGAAAUUAAUCCGUCCAAUAUUUUUGAUAAAGCUUUUAUGACAUGGCUUACUCCUUUAAUGAAGCUGGGGUACCGUAAGGCUCUCCAACCAGAGGAUCUUUACAAUGUCAACAAAAAGAACCAAGCGAGCGUUGUAUCUCAUGUUUUGGAACCAUUUUGGCAUGCCUUGGCUACAUAUUUGGACGACAAAACCAAACCAAGUCCACAUCCAUUCAGGUUUAUGCUAAAGGCCUUCUUCCUCCCUUGGUUCAUAUCCGUCACUUUUGCUGUCCUCUCAGUGUGCAGUGAGCUUGCAAUCCCCAUUUUUAUCCAACAGCUCCUUCUUUACGUACAGCCGGUUGAAUCUUCUCGGCGCGAAGAUCUAUGGAUCCAUAGUGGAAUAGGCAUUGCCUUCUGCGUUCUGGGGCUUCAAGUAUCCACAACUCUAUGUCGUGUCGUAUCUGAACAACUCGUGAGAACAGUAAUGAUGGACGUAAGAACCGUCUUAAUCGGCGCUAUCUAUGAGAAGAGCCUGCGGUUGAGUGGGCAGUCUGCACAGAAAUUUUCGCAGGGAAAGAUUAUGAAUAUGAUCAACGUGGAUGCUGAAACCAUCAGCUUUAACUUGUUUUUCAUGAACAUGCUCAUUACAUCACCAAUCCAAAUCGCUGUGGCCAUCAUUCUUCUCGUUCGUCUAUUGGGGGCAACAGUGUGGGCUGGGGUCGGAGCCAUGAUAGGCCUGUUCCUGUUGCAGAUACCCGCUAUGAUCUUUUCCAAAAAGUAUCAAGUUAAAAUUUUGGCAGCAGGCGAUGCUCGCCUAAAGGGUGUUAGGGAGUCUUUAUAUGCUAUCAAGAUUAUCAAGCUCCGAGCCUGGGAGGACUUCUUUUUGAAAAAGGUUUCUGCAUUGCGCGAGAGACAGGUCGCUGCUCUGAAGGGCAAUUACGUUUCGUUCCUCGGAUUCAUAUCCAUUGGACAGCUGACGCCCAUCAUCAUGCCCAUCGUGGCCUUUGUGGUGUACAGCUCUGUGAACGGCUUUUUGGAUCCCACAGUGGUCUUUCCUGCCCUCAUUCUGUUCAAUAUACUAUUUGCACCGAUGUUGGACCUUCCGCAGAGUGCGACCAAUCUUAUAAUGGCAAUAGUUUCUUGGGGCCGUGUCGCAGAGUACCUUGUCACUUCGGAAACACAACCUUUAGCGAUUGCGCCUAUCAGCUCUAAUGGUGGUGAUCACCCGGAAGCCGUCACGAUAUCUGAUGCGACGUUCAAGUGGGAAACUGUAAAGGUAGAUGAGGCAAAGAAGAAAGGGUCAAAGAGGAGCAAAAAGAGGCAGGACACAAAAGAAAGAGAUGCUUCACCAAAUCAUGGCGACCUCGAACCAGCCGACAGUUCAAUGACCUUGGUGCCCCCAGAGUCGAAGUCAUCAACGGACGAUCAGCCCACAGAAACCCUACCACUCUUCCGGAACCUGAACCUCACGAUCGAACGAGGAUCUUUGACGGCUGUCGUCGGUUCGGUAGGCUCAGGAAAGAGUUCUUUGCUGUCAGCGAUUAUAGGAGAAAUGUCAAAGCUCGAUGGCAAGGUACAUGUCCGAGGAACAGUCGCAUAUUGUACCCAGCAGCCGUGGAUCCAAACCGAAACCCUGAAAGCCAACAUUCUAUUUGGUCAGCCAUAUGACGAAAAGCGCCUGCAAAAUGUAGUCCAGGUAUGCGGGCUUGAAGCCGACCUUCAUCAACUCCCUACCGGAAUCGAUACCGAAAUUGGAGAGAAAGGAGUCAACUUGAGUGGCGGACAAAAGGCCCGAGUGGCUUUAGCUCGCGCUGUCUACGAAAAUUGCGAUAUCUAUCUCCUCGACGAUCCCAUCAGCGCCUUGGACGCUCAGGUCGGUCAAGCCGUGUAUAUUGAUUGCAUAAAAGGCGCACUUGCCGGUAAAACCCGCGUGCUGGUCACGCAUCAUUUGCAUCUUCUCCAAAACGUCGAUAAGAUCAUCGUUCUGGAAGACGGAGUCGUAGUGGAGCAGGGCACGUUCGAAGGGCUAGUUGCAUCCGGUGGUCACUUUACGGAGAUGAUGAAAGAUUACCAGUUGGAUGACACGUCCGAAGAAGAGGAAGAGUCAAAUAAAGUAACUGAGGUGAAGGACGCCAGCAGCGAGAGCAGAAAAGAAGCAGGCGGCUUGAUUGUAGCGGAAGAUCGCGUCAUUGGUGCGAUCCGGUGGAAAACGUACAAGGCAUAUAUCGUGGCGGCCGGCGGCGGGUGGUGGGCUGGCGCAACCAUUGCGAUGCUCGCUCUGCUGCAGCUCUCAUCCAUUAUGACCAACUAUUGGUUGACAUGGUGGGCAGAAAGGAAGUUUGCGUGGGAAUCCGAUGGGUAUCUGCUGGGAUAUGGACUUCUCGGUGCGGCAUUGGCAAUAAUGACAGUCAGCGUGAACGCUAUUUUGUUUUACGGAAAUUACAAGGUAGCGAAGAAGAUUCACCGAGCCGCUUUCAAGCGCUUGCUUCAGGCACCGAUGGGCUUCUUCGAUAGUCAGCCUGUGGGGCGAAUAUUGAACCGCUUUUCAAAAGAUGUGGAUGCUAUUGACCGGCGAUUGUGGGCGGAUGUUCUCUUGACACUCAUCAGCAUUGCCCACAUUUUGGGAACCAUCGUCUUGCUUAGCGUUGUCUCACCAUAUAUGCUCCUUUUCUUCACCCCUAUUUCUGCCCUCUAUUACUACAUUCUCCGUUUUUACCGAUCUUCCUUCCGUGAACUGAAGCGCCUUGACAGCAACCAGCGAUCGCCGCUAUUCUCACAAAUAAGCGAAUCGCUCACUGGUAUUCCAACCAUUCGAGCGUAUAAAGCCGAGGAACGCUUCGUCAAGCGUCAACGAAUGCUCAUGGACUUGAGUAAUGCGCCAUAUUUCCUAAUGAUGAUCGCCCAGCUAUGGAUUACUAUACGCCUAGAAUUAUUCACCUCCUUGAUUGUUUUCAUUCUCGCUAUGCUCGGUGUGACAAAAGUAGUUGCAGGCACUUUAAUCGGCUUGGCCUUUACCUAUGCAGUUCCAUUAACCCAGUAUAUCAACAUGAUCCUUCGUUCUUUUGCAUUGCUGGAAUCCAAUCUUAACUCUGUCGAGCGUCUGCAAGAAUACGCGACGGAGCUUCCGGAAGAAGCGCCCGCAAUCAAGGACAGCGAUCCACCAUGCGAGGCUUGGCCAAAAGGCGGCGAGAUAGCCAUUCGCGACAUUGAGCUUCGAUACCCUUCGCGACCCGAGCAUCCAGUCAUCCGCGACCUUUCGCUAGAGAUUUCGCCAGGAGAGAAGAUUGGAAUUGUGGGUCGAACGGGCUCUGGAAAAUCAACCUUGUUGACCGCCCUGUUCAGAGUUGUGGAGCUAUCGAAAGGGUCAAUUUCAAUAGAUGGACAAGAUAUCGCCAAACUCGGGCUCAAAACCCUCCGUAGCCGCAUGCAAAUAAUUCCCCAAGAACCCGUCUUGUUCACGGGCACCAUCCGCAGCAACCUAGAUGUUGAAAAUCAAUUCUCUGACGCUGAGAUCUGGGAGACGCUGGAACGUAUCAACCUAAAAACUUACGUAUCCUCGUUGCCAGAUAAACUCGAGUCUCCUGUAACAGAAAACGGCGAGAAUUUAUCGGUCGGGCAACGACAGUUGAUAUGCCUCGGUCGUGCAAUUCUCAUGAAGCCGAUCAUUUUGGUCAUGGAUGAAGCGACUGCUUCUGUUGACGCCCAAGCCGACCAACUGAUUCAACGCUCCAUUAAAACCCACUUUGCCAACGCUACAGUACUGAGCAUUGCACAUCGGCUCAAUACCAUCGCCGACUUUGAUCGCGUGUUGGUCCUGGACAAUGGAUGUAGAGCUGAAUUUGAUAGCCCACACAACUUGCUGGCACGACCAGAAUCCCUGUUUUCACAAUUGGUGGAUGCAACGGGUGCGGCGAAUGCCCAACUGUUGCGGGAAAUUGCGGCGCAGCAUGACCAGAGGCGGUUAGAUGUAGAAUAGACGUAUUAGUAAAUAAAGUAUUCGUGUUGUCUCAAUUUCUGUAUCAAAAGGUUCUCCUUCGCGCUUGAGGACAGACCUAUGAGCAUAUACAUGCUGGAAAGGAACGUCGCCGUCAUUGCAGCGACUAGCUUUGCUUCUAGUUUACUCUUUGCAAAAGUAACAUGAGAACGUAAUUUUAUAGCGACGUGCCUGAUCACUCA